AUGCCGGGACGACUUCAGAACAAGGUUGCACUCAUCACCGGUGCUGGCUCAGGGAUCGGUCUCGAAUCCUCCCUUCUCUUCGCCUCUGAAGGCGCCAAUGUCCUCCUCGUCGAUGUCGCUCUUACAGGGGCGCAAAAGGGGCUCGGUCUCAUCCAGGAGAGAUACCCCAAUGUCAAGGCAGACGUGUUUCAGGCUGAUGUUGGCAAGGAGCACGAUGUUAGGGCUGCAGUCGACAAGGCAGUCCAGGUCUUCGGGCGUUUGGACAUCAUGUUCAAUAACGCAGGUAUCAUGCAUCCUGAGGAUGACAAUGCUCUCAACACAGAAGAACGCAUCUGGGAUCUGACCAUGCAGAUCAACCUGAAAGGCGUUUGGUGGGGUUGCAAAUAUGCCAUCCUCGCCAUGCGCCAGAACAAGCGAGACGAUCAGCUCGGCCUACACGAGGGUGGUAGCAUCAUCAACACCGCUAGCUUCGUUGCGAUUAGGGGAGCCGCGACUCCUCAACUUGCUUACACUGCCUCGAAGGGGGCGGUUCUCGCAAUGAGCAGGGAGCUGGCGAUGGUCCACGCGAAGGAAGGUAUCCGUGUCAACGCGCUGUGCCCAGGUCCUCUCAAGACUCCUCUGCUUAUGGACUUCUUGGACACGCCUGAGAAGCGUGACCGUCGACUUGUGCACCUCCCCAUGGGCAGAUUCGGAGAAGCAGUCGAGCUUGCGAAGGCCGCUCUGUUUUUGGCGAGCGACGAUAGCAGCUACGUGACGGGAUCUGACUUCAUUGUUGACGGAGGUCUUUCCGCUGCAUACGUUACAGCGCUAGGCGAGCCCAAGCUGCCGCCUCCUACCAGCCUCAUCUAG